GAGAAGGCAAAUGCUGCCCCAGCUGUUUCCUGUUGAAAAUGUCUGUGUAAUGUAGAUAAAUGUGAGGGAUUUUCUCUCUAAAUCCGUCUCCUGUUCGCUAAAUCUCACUUCUCCAAAACGAGCCUGCGCAAUGGAACAAAGUCGGAAUAUUGAGAUGUGACAUUGCCUGCAUCUCAUCCUCUUUCUCGCUGUUUUUAAUGACUUCAAACAAGUUCAUUUUUGCUGGGCUUUGUCGUGCGGAGACCCGUGGGGAUGUCUAGCGGUCAUUCCUCCAAGUGGCAUUUAUGUGAUGUCUUCAAGUGUGCGAUGUGCUGUAUCUCCUGUACCCACACCCUCUCACUACUGCUGUGCGUCGUAGCCCUGAUUCCGGCGGCAACAGGGGCAGGGCCAGAGACCCUGUGUGGGGCGGAGCUGGUCGACACGCUGCAGUUUGUAUGUGGAGACAGAGGCUUUUAUUUCAAUAAACCGGCAGGCUAUGGGCCCAGUGCUCGGCGGUCACAUAACCGUGGCAUUGUGGACGAGUGCUGCUUCCGGAGCUGUGAGCUACGGCGGCUGGAGAUGUACUGUGCACCUGCCAAGCCUGACAAGGCAGCUCGCUCUGUCCGUGCACAACGCCACACAGACAUGCCGAGAACACCUAAGGUUAGUACCCCAGGGCACAAAGUGGACAAGAGCACAGAGCGUAGGACAGCACAGCACCCAGACAAGACUAAAAGCAAGAAGAAACCUAUAUCUGGGCAUAGUAGUCACCCUUCUUGCAAGGAGGUCCAUCAGAAAAACUCAAGUCGAGGAAACACAGGAGGCAGAAACUACAGAAUGUAGGGGACCGCAGACGGGCCGAUGGUGCAUAGGGAGGGGAGAAGGGUGUGGCCUUACCUGGUACCCCUAUGGAAUGGUUCACUGUAAAACAAAACAAAAAAAUCAAAAUGGAGAAAUGGUACAAUAAGCUCUCUGUUUGAUAUAAACCUGACAUUUUAAGUGCUGGGCUAUGUGAGAGGUGUCCUGAUUAUUUAAUACACCCCACCCACUGCACCAUUUCAUAUAAGUAUGAACUCUCUAUGUCAAAUCAAUGUAACAGACUAGUUUAGCUGCUGAGAAACAUACCAGAUCUUAUUAUUCCUCCAUGUGUAAGUAGUGCUCCAUUGCUGCUGGAAUGGUCUGACAUUUUUGGGGCAACAACCAGUCGGAGAGCAGCUAACAGAGGUCGCUUCGUUGGGAUGUUCUCAUUUCCUGAUCUCUGAAGAGUUGAAUCUUACACUGAGAGGUUUGGCCAUGUUAGGUAAGAUCAAGCUUCUGUAUUCAAGAUUGAUAGAGUGAUUCCAUUUUAUUGGAGUGUCAUGCAUUUGUCAGAAGAAGACACUGUUUCACAAUUUAAGGUACUGAAUAACUAAGGUUUAGAGAUGGAAUCCCAUAUUCACACAUAAUAUUCAUCGAUUAGACAGUCAAAGAAAUCGGAGGAGAGCUUUAGGUCUCCUAGAAAAGGGAUGGCCUAAAUCUGAUUCAUUAUCAUACAUGACUAACAGAGGGAAAAUAAUAGUUUGAUUGAGAAAGAAAAUGCAGUACCACAUGAAGUUGAUCACAGGUGAAAGAGUCACAUGUAAGUCAUAUUUCAAGUUGAGAGAAAACACUUUAAAAUAAUAAUGCUAUUCUAAAAUGUAGAUGUUUGAUUAGAAAGAGAUUCCCUGUGUCAAAUACAUGGUAUUGUCAAAACCUGGGGCCAAUACAGAGGACAGAGAGGCCAAAGAAUAGCCACUAAAAGGAGGAUCAAUGAUUAAUUUUAAUAGGUCUACAGUCUUUCAUUUUGUUAGCUUAGGGGGACAGGGACCUUGGCUACUUUUCUAACAAUUUGGACUGCAUGUUUUUUUUAUUAAAAAAGAAAGACAAGAAGUCAAUGACCUCCAAACCAAAGUACACUCAAAUCAAAUAUGCAUAUACACAUAUACACAAACACAUACACAAAAAUCUUCAGGCUUCAAAUGCUGUCACACAUCCUCAAUCCCAGUUUCUCUUUUUCACAUUCAGACCAUGUUACUGUAUAAUAAAUCAGAGCUCUUCUACUAAGAGCAAGGUUCACACACACUGGCUCCAUCAAAACCCUGUUCUGAGAAGUCCUGUGGUUGUCCCAGGACUGCAAGGAAGGGCUGCUUACACAAUCCUCCAUGUGGAUGAUAGUCCAGUCCCAUUCUAGUAACCAGUUUAGACAGCGUAUCUCUGGCACUGCCUUCUCUGUCUGUGUAUAAUCAACCAAUACUCCCAUUUAUGUUAUCCUAUGCAUUCUUCCUCUAUCAUUUUACAUGAUGGUUUCAUAUAGCAAAACCGUAUUUAAAAAAUCCUAUCCACUGUUUAAUGGUGCUAUUUUGUAGUUUGUUACUUGCAAGGGUUUGGCUGAAAAAAAGAAAACAAAGCGUGAGAUGGAAAAGCUUCUUGUUGGAGGUCUUCCCUUUUGCACAGCCUUGUGGCCACCAUUUAAUAGUGUUUUUAUUUUUAAGCUAUUUCAAUAAGGUAGUAGUGUAAGCGAGCAAAUGUAUUUGUGUGAAAUCUGUGAAUGCAUGGAAAAUAUCAUGUUGUGGUCCCAAGAAGGUAAACGCUAUUUUUUCUACUGUUUUUAAAUUAUUGUUGUUACUCAACAUGGAUCCCUAUGCCAAAUGACUUGACAAAAAGUACUGUGAACUGUGAUCUUCCAAUAAUGUUAAGGUGUUAUAAGUCAUAGUGUACUUUUGUCUGUCAUGAAAUGUGUGUACAUGAACUUCAUUCAUCUGAAAGCCCGGGUUAUUGACUAUUGCAAACACAUGAGUAGGUAUGAGUAUGAGUAAGGCAGAGAUUCAUUCAGAGUCAUUUUAUUUUUAAUUAUAUCCAUGUCCUCGAUUAGUGACAGUGAAUCAUACCAUGAAACAAAUGCUAUUCCUAGUGUCCAUAUAAUGGGUGUGUAUUUGGUCAUACAUUAACUGGGAUCAAAUGCUCAAUGUAAAGUUUAACUGAAUUUUCUGACCCUUGACUCCAAUCAACAUAUUCUAUGUAUGGAUGCCUCUCCCAUUUUUACCAAUGAAGAUGCAUGUUGUUUUAGACAAGGGCUGAGUUGUUGCUGUGGUCAGCCAAUGAUUGUCCUCCUUAGUCAUAUCACCAGACUAUGAUACCAAAGACCUUUUGAUUAAAACACAGCCUCACUUGCUUCAAUACAGCUUAGUAAUUAUCUACAAACUAUCUAUGAACGGUGUCAACUAAACCGUUGACCAAUUCAAUACUUUUUAAUCAAUUAUAAGCCAUCACUAUUCAUUGAAGUUAGCUCCAUCACAUACAUUUUUCAGCAAUGCUAAAGCUGCUUAAGUUGACAACCUCAGUCAUUCAUUUAGACAUGAACAAGUCUGUUCUCUGAAACAAAGCUGAAGAUGCAGUUAUGUGAGGCUGAAUGCAAAGUUGAGAGAUAUCUUUUUGGCAUCUUUAGAGGCAGACAUUUAUAAAACUACAAUCAAAACUCUUGUGACUGAGAUUAAUGUCUCUGCCUUUGGUCCUCCAGUAAAAUCAUGAAAAUAUAAUUUAAUAGAUUUGUGUUACAAUUUACAUGGCUGAUGUUUUAAAUGAGAGAAAAGUCAUUGAUAUUUUCCCAAGAGAAUACAAUUCUCCUAAUUACAAUUGGAAACCACAAUGUUACUUUAGUAAGCUCUUCAGUACAACACAGUAUUGUCAUAGGACUUUAAAGCUCACUAUUAAAAAAAAACAGUUUGAUUAAAGUGCUGUUAUUCUGGCACUCGAUUGAUUGCCUUCUGUAGGAAAAUGUUUAAAUACUGACAGAUUGUUCACCAUUCCUGCUGAAUAAACCACUUGUCA